AUGUCUAUCGAUCUCAGCGAGGCAGGUGUCAUGACACCUUUCUGGCCUGGCACGAACCUAACUUCUGAACAUGAUGGGCAAUGCUACGGAAACGUUACCUUGUGCUUGAACAACGAUAUUCUCUGCACUCUAUCAACCUGCGAUCUCACCCUGGCACACUUUGACUAUAUCCCGAAUCUGGGCGCGAAUGCCUUCCUGGCCGCUCUAUUCGGCGUGUGUGCUCUGGUACAAUUCGGUCUUGGUAUUAGGUACAAGACCUGGGGUUUCCUUGUUGCGGCUAUAUUCGGUUUGGCCCUGGAGAUCGUUGGAUAUGCAGGCCGAAUUAUGAUCAACCAGAGUCCGUUCGACAAGAACAAUUUUCUGAUUUAUCUUGUGUGCCUGACAAUCGCCCCGGCCUUUCUUUCUGCCUGCAUCUAUCUUUGCCUCGCUCGCAUCAUUGUGGUAUAUGGUGAGAAUCUGAGUCGCUUCAAGCCCCGGUUCUACACUAUUGUCUUCUGUACCUGCGACUUUAUCUCUCUCCUUCUGCAGGCGAUUGGCGGUGCCAUUGCAUCAAUCGCCACAGACUAUACCACCACUCAAUUGGGUAUUCAUAUCAUGAUCGGUGGUCUCUCCUUCCAGGUCUUUUCUCUGGUGCUUUUCAUAGUUCUUUGCGGCGACUUUGCGUAUCGUGUUUGGCGCAGCCCUUUUCAGUGGGAUACAACCCGCAAAGAGGUUUUUGAAAGUUCUAUCUUUACAUUCUUCCUCGGCGGUCUUGCUCUUGCUACUUUGACGAUUUUAAUCCGCUCCGCCUUUCGUGUGGCCGAAUUGUCUGGUGGUUUCCACGGAUCUCUCGCCAACAACCAGGCUACUUUCAUGGUCCUCGAGGGCGCAAUGAUUGCGAUAGCAUCAUUGUGCUUGACUGCUCUUCAUCCCGGUGUCGCCUUCAAAGGGACUUGGGCUGAUGCAGACUUCAAUUUCUUCCACUCAAAGAAAAAUCAAUAUGACGCUGAGACCGAAACCGAGAGAGAAUUGGAAACGAAGGCACCCUCAACACCAUCGGAGGCUGUUCAACACUCGAAUGAGUUUGCAGACCGCGGAUAA